AUGUUGUGCUUCAAUCUGAAACUGGCCACCAUCUUUCGAUCAUAUCGCGAGGAGAACGUACGUGACCGCAGUCAAAGUUUAUGCGCGCCACCGACUACACAUCGAGUCCCUCCGCACAAGGACAUCGGAGCUUUGCGUGUGCUGCAGCGGCGGGCAUCGAGCGUUAUCUCUUCGGCUACGGAAUUAAUAUCAAGACGUGGUGUUUUUUCACGACAUCAUUAUGGUUCAGUUGACCAACUACCACAAUCUGAACUAGAUGGCCUAGAUCCGAAUUUCAAACGUUUUCGUAUUGAAAACGGUGAUUCGCUAGCGGAAAAGGAUGAGGUUUUCGGAUCACCCAGUACACCUAUCUUAGAAAAUCCUGAGCAUCAAACUCGGUGGUAUUUCAAAUACUUUUUGGGAAAACUUCACCAAAAUUAUGUCGGUAUGGAUACGGAAAAGAAUCCCUACUUUCUUUCGGUUGUGUCACAAGACUCAGGACAUCAGGGUGCACCAAUGUAUCGGGCAAUAUUAUUUCGGAAACAGGGUGCGCAGAAAAUUGCACUUCCUUUUCAAUGUAAUCAAAAGCUAACUGUGAAACAAAUAUUGUCACAUUUUACUGGUAUGGAGGCUUCCGCUAAAAAUCCCAAAGAGAUAUUUACAGCCGACAUACAAAAGGACUUGCUACUACUUGAGGAACAAGAGGGUUCGGUCAACUUCAAAUUCGGUGUGGUAUACAUGAAACCUGGUCAAGUUUGUGACGACGAAAUGCUGAGCAAUCAAGAUGCAAGUACAGACUUCGAGAAUUUUCUGCAUAUACUUGGGGAACGUAUACGUCUUAAAAGUUGGGAUCGCUUCCGUGGUGGAUUAGAUGUGAAAGGCGAUAUGACUGGCAAAUAUUCUGUCUAUACGCUAUAUGAAGGCCACGAAAUAAUGUUUCACGUCUCGACGCUCCUACCAUUUUCCCACGAUAAUCGACAACAGGUGGAACGGAAACGGCAUAUUGGCAAUGACAUUGUAAACAUAAUUUUCAUUGAUCAGCCAACCGCAGACAAAACGAAUAUGCAGCAAAUGGAGGGCAAGGCGAAAGAUAACAGCGAACUUGUACUGCCGACAGCGUUUGAUCCUACGUGGAUCAAAAGUCAAUUUACACAUAUAUUUGCGGUGAUUACAAAAAUCAACAAUGCCUACCGUUUAGCAGUAUUUUGCGAUGAAAAUGUGCCGCCGUUCGGUCCGACUCUUCCAAAUCCACCGGAAUUUACGGAUAUUUCCAUGUUUCGUGAGUUUCUGCUUGUAAAAAUGAUAAACGCGGAAAAAGCCACUUUUCAAACACCAAUAUUUUCACAAAAAAGAGAAAGAACUUUGGAUAUGUUAAUAAAAGACUUGUACGAAGACUAUAUGGGUGAUGGUAAAGUGAAUAUGCUAAAUAGACGAGCAUUCUCUGAAGUACUCUACGAUGUGCCCCGGACAUCAAAAUUAAAAGAGGACGCGCGGCAAAUAGAGUUUGUGCGUAUCGGUCAGGCACUGAAACUAGAGGCUAUCGUGCGAGGUGAUGCGCCGACCAGUAUUGCCUCCGCUAGCCCCUGCACAAUAUUUCGCAAUCCACCGUGGGAACCACACUGUUUUUAUCCAACAUUUUUGCAUCGUGGAACACUGGCGGGCGACUCUUUCGGUUCCAAUGAUGAAAGCUUAUUUAUUGCCACUGAUGACGGAACAUAUUUGAUGAAAGAGGAUCAAUCGCAUCAGUUAAUCUUCGACAAGACAUUUCAAGUGCGGCAACUGAGCGUGCUGGAAGACCAUGGAAUUGUGCUCAUACGUGGCGGUUCACUAACUAAUCGUGACGCUCAUCGCAUUCACGUCUUUCGUUUGCGUGAAUUUCUGCCCAGAAAUGGCGAGGAAACUUUGCGUUGCCGCAGUCGUGCCGAGGUGAAGGAUCGCCGUAUCGAACGCACACGGGGAUGCCAUUUGUUUGCGGGUUCACGUAUUAGUGGCGGCCAUUUGAGGCUGAUGGUGGCAGUCAACCGCAAACUACAGUUAUUCCAAUGGAAACACUCAGCCGCUUGGGCGUCGUGGUGUCCGGAAAAUGACACAGAAACCGUGGAAGGUUUCAUCUACCAGAAGGAAAUCACGCUGUGUGAGUCGCCAAGCGUAAUAACGCCGCUGGAGGGACCGACUAACACAAACGCGGGUGGACUAAUUUGCGUUGGCUACAAAUGCCAUUACGAAAUUGUAUGUGAUCAAACGGGAACAGCCAAUAGACUUUAUGAUUUGGAAUCGUCAAAGAGAAAUCAAGCACAAUUGACGGCGGCCAUUGAACUCUGUGAUGGCAUGGAAACAGAAUUACUGUUGUGCUAUAAUCACACUUGCCACUUUCAAAAGUUGACCGAUAGGUCUGGCACAAAAAAUAACUUCGACUUCCACUGGAACACAUCACCGACCGCAGUGGUGUGUGCCUUUCCAUAUAUACUUGGUUUCACAUCCGACUCAAUGGAAAUUCGGCUAUUGGUGAACGGUAACUUAGUGCACACAGCAAUAAUGCCGGAAUUACAGCUGAUAACCUCUAAGCGAGACAUAUUUUUUGUAACAACCGCCCCAGAAUUUAUGUCUAAAGAUCUUCACAUUAAGGGCUUGCACAUAAAUGAAUUUUCAGCAUCGGAACGUCGCUUGGCCACCACGCCGAGCGAAGCAUCUUCUAAUGAAGAACUCUCUCAAUCUGAACUGCUUUGCUCAACUCCCAAAGACUUACCGAUAAAUCCAGAACAUGAACUAACAAAUUUACUAGAGAUACCGAAUGCCAGCGGAUCAUUACCACAUAUACAUCGCGCACGUUCGCUCCAGAAAACCCACAAUGUGUACGAAGAUAAGCCGGUUAUAGCUAAAAGUAACUCUUGCGGCGACACCGAUAACCGUUUUAGUGGAUUACGCAGCACUUCCAUUGUUGGUGAACACUUACAACAACAGCAACUAACACAACAUGGUGUACCGCCCAAUUCGCCGCGAAACAAUAACAGCGGCAGCAGUAAUAGUAAUAGCAGUAAGAGCAGCCAACAGUCGCCCAUGUCGCCCACCAGGCGAACUUCUAAGUAUCGAAAUAUCUUCAAUAGUGUAACAAGUAGUGGUAGUGGUGGUGCUAAUUCACCUAAUCUCACUGAUGGUUGUUCUCGUUCGCCAGAUCGUACGAAGCCAUUGCGUGUCUAUCGCAUUCCACUCAUCAAAUUGACUGGUGCUCAUUCACACUUCCACAUGAAUGCAUUCAAUGCAACAGCAACCGCUGGCGUUGCACCUCAGAUACAUCCAACACAGCAUUUAAGUGCGUUAUCGAUGACGAAGCGCCAAAAGUCUGUGGAUACGCAUCUGCCAUUGUCGAUGAGCAGCUCCACCAGUAUUUUGUAUCAUGAAUGA